UAUCGGAGAAACAGUAUGACGUCAAACUAAAGCUUCCGGGCUGGUAGAGCUGGCCCGGUAAUUCAUAGAUUUUGCUUCUUUAUUACAAUUUUAUGACAUGCUUGCUGUUGUUAUUUAUUGCCGGAAAAUCCAAUGUAUAUAGUUUAUGCGAAUAUUUCUAUCGGAGCUGUCGUUACGAGGAUACAUAUAACGAAGACGGUCCCGGAGCGGCUCGGGCAUAGCGGUUGAGAAAAGAGGGUGCCUUGCUGCAUGAAGUACCCACCAGCUGGACUUGCAGCACUUCAGAAUACUUUGUACAGGCCAGCUCAGUUUGCCAUUGGUCAGAAGGGAUCGACUUGUCUCCAGGACCGACUUCAUUACAAAAAUGAAGUUGAAGGAGGAUAUAAACCCCCUGCUCCUGCAGGUUUUCCGCUCUGUCGUCUGGGUCUAUUCCGUCAUAACCUUCCUACCCUGGUACUUCUUUUCCGGGGCCGGAACCAAUUUGGAGCGAGCGCGUCGGAUUAAGGCCUGCUCUAUCAGCGGACACCCAGCGGGACCUUACCGUGCCGUCAAUAGCCGAGAAAAGCUGGUGGCAUUGGUGCAGCCGGGAGUCGACACACUGGACAAAAUGUUCGAGUUUGCAGCGAGGAGGUUUCCAAACAGGGACUGCCUGGGCACCAGGGAGGUGCUGAGUGAGGAGGAUGAACUGCAGCCAAAUGGAAAAGUGUUUAAAAAGGUGAUUCUGGGCAACUAUAACUGGCUCACGUAUGAGGAAGCCUACAAUGCAGCAAAGUGCUUUGGUAGUGGUCUGGCAGCUCUUAAUCAGAAGCCUCACCAUAACAUCGCCGUUUUCUGUGAGACCAGAGCGGAGUGGGUCAUAGCAGCGCAGGCCUGCUUCAUGUACAAUUUCCCACUCGUGACACUGUACGCCACACUCGGGCCCAAAGCCAUAGCUCACGGGCUGAACGAGACAGAGGUCACUCACAUCAUCACAAGCAAGGACUUACUUCAGAGCCGCCUUAAGGCCAUUUUGUGCGACGUGCCGCGGCUCCAGUACAUCAUCGUCGUGGACAUUAAACCCACCAGCUGGUCAGACAUUCCCAGAGGCAUCACAGUCUACAACAUGGAGGGUGUGAAGGAGCUGGGAUCCAAGCCCAUUCAGAUGGACCGCAGACAGCCGGAGCCCUCGGACAUCGCUGUCAUCAUGUACACCAGUGGUUCCACUGGCAUCCCCAAGGGUGUGAUGAUCUCCCAUGGCAACCUCAUCGCCGGCAUCGCAGGCAUGGCCGAGCGGAUCCCUAAUCUCAAUGAGACUGACACCUACAUUGGGUACCUACCAUUGGCCCACGUUUUAGAGCUCAGCGCAGAGCUGGUUUGCAUCUCCCACGGCUGUCGCAUCGGAUAUUCCUCUCCUCAGACUCUCGCCGACCAGUCCUCCAAGAUCAAGAAGGGCAGCAAAGGGGAUACCAGCAUGCUGAAACCGACUCUCAUGGCAUCUGUGCCAGAGAUCAUGGAUCGAAUUUACAAAAAUGUCAUGACCAAAGUGGACGAGAUGAGCAAAUUUCAGAAGACGCUCUUUGUGUUGGCUUAUAACUACAAGAUAGAGCAGAUCUCCAAGGGCUACAGUACGCCUCUCUGUGACAGAAUAGUUUUUAACAGAGUGCGGUCUCUGUUGGGAGGCAACACUCGGGUGCUGCUUUCUGGUGGGGCUCCGCUCUCUGCGGCAACACAGCGCUUCAUGAACGUCUGCAUGUGCUGCCCGGUGGGACAGGGCUACGGCCUGACAGAGACGUGUGGGGCUGGCACCAUCAGUGAGAUGUGGGAUUACAGUACUGGACGGGUUGGCGCGCCGCUGGUUUGCUCAGAGAUCACUCUGAAGGACUGGGAAGAGGGUGGCUACCACAGCACUGACAAGCCCAACCCAAGGGGGGAAAUUUUGAUUGGAGGUCCAAAUGUAACAAUGGGUUACUACAAAAGCGAAGGCAGGAACCAUGAAGACUUCUUCGUGGAUGCGAAGGGCCAGAGAUGGUUCUGUACGGGAGACAUAGGAGAAUUCCAUCCUGACGGAUGCCUGAAGAUUAUCGACCGUAAGAAAGACUUGGUGAAACUCCAGGCAGGCGAAUACGUCUCUCUUGGAAAAGUAGAGGCGGUUUUGAAGAACUGCCCGCUCAUAGACAAUAUCUGUGCCUACGCCAACAGUGAAGAGUCAUAUGUGAUCAGCUUUGUGGUUCCCAACCACAAACACCUCAUGUCAUUGGCGGAGCAGGUUCAAAUAAAGGGCACGUGGGAAGAGCUCUGCAACAAUCCCAAGAUGGAGAAGGAGGUUCUCCGCGUCAUUACUGAGGCGGCCGUUUCAGACAAACUGGAGAAGUUCGAGAUUCCCAAGAAAAUCCGCCUGAGUUCCGAGCCGUGGACGCCGGAGACCGGCUUGGUCACUGACGCGUUCAAGUUGAAACGCAAGGAGCUCAAAACACACUACCAAGAGGACAUUGAGAGGAUGUACGGUGGGAAAUAAAAGAGUAGAUGCACUCCAAAUGACCGUCUCACGAGGACUUACAUGGACGACACUCACACAAACACAGACACGCGGACCUGUUCGCCUCCUCUUCAGCUUCUCUGUCACCAUCUACGAUCAAACGAGGCACAAAAAGUCUAGAGUCAGGCUCACAUCUUUAGGUCGAGAGCAAGAGGCCGAUCCCACCAGACGCACUAACAACUCCACUCUCCGCCGAUCCAAAAAAAAA